CGACAUCGGAACCGACGUUGCCAACGAAUCCAGAGAAGAGCCGAGGAGACGAGCGAAAAGGCCACGUUUUCUUCUCCCCGUCGUCGCGGUGACAGCUUCAUCUAUGGAACCUCUCUUCUUGCCCUCCCUCUGUUCCCCAUGUAACACCUUCCCGACGAUCUCGUUUCCGGCCCCACAACCUUCUUCUUGGCCGGUCGGAGCUCCUCGGAACUAAUUAUUCCUUUCACAUCAAAUCCGUGUCGUUGCGUGUGAAUUCGUUGAGGCAUGAGAGGUGCGAAGUUUCCAUCUUCGCCUCGUCUUAUCGGAUUGUGAUGACAUUGGAUCGUUGGGUCAUUGAGUGGGUGUUUUUCUUUUUUGUUGGAUGUUCUUUAUUUGUUUCGACGGGUAAUGGAGACUUGAUAGGUUUUGAUUUAGCGCGACGGAAGAAUCGGAUGCUUUUGAUAGGUUUUUUGUGUCAUUCUCCACUACGUGAAAUUGGGGUUCUGUCAAUCCGUCGGUCUCUUGCAGUUUGUCUGGAAGCUUUUGCAUACAUCAUGAUCAAGUGCAUAUAUUUAGUUCUCCUUGUUGUUGUUGUUUGGGUUUGUCCGAGGGCCUAGUUUAUGCCGGACUUCGGGUGGGGGUGCAGUAGGGCGGUGGUUGGGGCUUUGUUGAAGCCUUAUGAUGGAAGGUGGUCAUGCAUUUGGAAAGCUUCCCGAUCAUCUCCUUACAGAAAUUUUUGUCCGCGUACCGAUCUGUGAGUGGUCUCAGAUCUCAUGUGUCAACAAACACCGUGCUGAGAUGUUUCGAGGGGAGAGUUUGUGGCAAACUGCUAUCAUCAGGACCUGGCCUUUUGCUGUUCAAAGGGCACGAUGGCCUGGACCCAUUCCUCGUGGUUUUGGUAUAAGCCUUUCUCUUCCCAGCAAUUACAGGGACUCGGCCACUAUAUGGCAGUUCGCCUCCUAUCAGUUUAUUGCCUGUGGUAGGUCAAGAGACAAGGCCCAUGAGCUAGCCUCAGAGAUUUGGCUAGCAGUCAUCAACAAUCUUGAAGAAAAUAAGCACAUGUUUUUGCUGUUAAAACGCUUUGCACAAGAAGGAGAUCUUUUUCUUCCGUUUCCCUACUCAAGAUCUUAUAAGGUGUUGUGGAGGGUGUUCGAGAAGCUGUUCACCGACUUCCGUGAUUGUUUGAGCCGUGCCGAUUUCUAUGAUGUGUUGGCCUGCGCCAAGUCUAUGUUCCAGCCAGUCCCAUCCACUUGGCUGGGAUACUAGCUCUGUAUGUAUUUGUUAGUUGAGUGACUGCUCCUGUAAUUGUUCUUAGAUUGUUCCAGUAAUUGUCUUAGAUUGUGCCAAUACCCCCUCAGCCCUAGACCAACUCUGACAACAAGUAUAUGUUCCUUUGGAUAAAGUAGUGACAUAUAACUUGAUUGUUUGCAGAUUCAUACAUCACAAUUACAUGCACAACU